AUGUUGUCUUCCAGCAACAAAAUCAAAGCUCGCACCUUGAACGUCUCAGGUCCACUAGAUGUUUAUGAAGUUUUGCCCACAGAUUUGAGCGCAAACUAUCCUCUCCGCAAUGCCCACAGUUCUAUUGUAUGUAAAGGUCUUUCAGGAACAAACCCCCUCGAGUACCAAGUCAAAGUUUCAUCAUACGCAAACAAUGCCAGCCUACUUCAAGCGGACGGUGUAUAUGUUUUGAAAUCACACAUGAUUGCUCGCAACUUGGAAGAUACUCUUCCAAUGUUGAAUUACGAAGUUGAUCAUGUGAUGCUUGUUAACACUUCCAAAGAUGUUCAGGAUUCCCUUGCUGAUAAAACUGCUGUUACCGGGCUGGGUCUCAUCACCAAAAGACAUACCAUUCAAGAGGAGGCCUUUGACAAGCCUACCGUAGUUGCCGUUGUUGAACAUAGCAACUACAAUAAUGCCGAAAUGGUAAUAUUUAAGGUCGCCUACUACAUCAGACCUGUUCAAAAUUUAUUAUUGAUUCAGCCCCUAUUUCAAGUCAACCGGGAGGCUGUUGUCAAUGGGUACAUCGUCGAUUACGAUCCUGAUAACAAUUGCUUUAUUGUUGAUGUCACAGGUAUCAAUUUGACCAAUGGACGCGAAACUGACAAAUUGUCUUCCCCGGCCGUCAAGUCCGAAGACACCAUCUUAACGCCAGCCGGGAGGGCCUGA